CUGGGACAAAGCAGCGUCAGGCCCCAGCGGCUUCUAUUGCACAACCUCAGCGCAGCCUCGGGAGCGGCCCGGCGGCCCACCCGGAGCAGCCCCUUUAAAACGGCGGAGUACAAGUAUUGGGAUUCUUGAAACCUGAAACCCAGAAGGCGAAUUGAGGCGGAAACCAGAGGGAAAACCUUGAACUCCUCCAGACAAUUGCUUCCGGGGAGUUCCGAGAGAGCAAGCGGGGAAUCCAGGGCCCGACUGGAGGGGGCCCUCGGAUGGCGCAUCCCUGAGGGCCGGGAGAGCUCGUGCAGCGCGGGAAGGCUUCGUCCCCGCUGUGUCUCCUCAGGCUGCAGGUCAUGGCCCCCGUGGAGCAGAAAGCCCUGGGCGCCGGCUUCCAGUGGCUCUCGCUGGCCACCCUGGUGCUGCUCUGUGCCGGGCAAGGGGGGCGCAGGGAAGAUGGGGGUCCAGCGUGCUACGGGGGAUUCGACCUGUACUUCAUUCUGGACAAGUCUGGAAGUGUGCUACACCACUGGAAUGAAAUCUAUUACUUUGUGGAACAGCUGGCUCAUAAAUUCAUCAGCCCACAGCUAAGAAUGUCCUUUAUUGUCUUCUCUACUCGAGGAACAACCUUAAUGAAACUAACAGAAGACAGGGAGCAGAUCCGUCAAGGCCUAGAAGAACUCCAGAAAGUUCUGCCGGGAGGAGACACUUACAUGCAUGAAGGAUUUGAAAGGGCCAGUGAGCAGAUUUAUUAUGAAAACAGUCAAGGUUACAGAACAGCCAGCGUCAUCAUUGCUUUAACUGAUGGAGAACUCCAUGAAGAUCUCUUUUUCUAUUCAGAGAGGGAGGCUAACAGAUCCCGAGAUCUUGGCGCAAUCGUUUACUGUGUUGGUGUGAAAGACUUCAAUGAAACACAGCUGGCUCGCAUCGCGGACAGCAAGGACCACGUGUUUCCUGUGAAUGAUGGUUUCCAGGCUCUGCAAGGCAUCAUCCAUUCGAUUUUGAAGAAGUCCUGCAUUGAAAUUCUCGCAGCAGAGCCAUCAACCAUAUGUGCAGGAGAGUCUUUUCAAGUUGUCGUGAGAGGAAACGGCUUCCGACAUGCCCGCAACGUGGACAGGGUCCUGUGCAGCUUCAAGAUCAAUGACUCAGUCACCCUCAAUGAGAAGCCUUUUGUUGUAGAAGAUACUUACUUGCUGUGCCCAGCUCCUGUCUUAAAAGAAGUUGGCAUGAAAGCUGCUCUCCAGGUCAGCAUGAAUGAUGGCCUCUCUUUUAUCUCCAGUUCUGUCAUCAUCACCACCACACACUGCUCUGAUGGCUCCAUCCUGGCGAUCGCAUUGCUGAUCCUGUUCCUGCUCCUGGCCCUGGCGCUGCUUUGGUGGUUCUGGCCCCUUUGCUGCACCGUGAUAAUCAAGGAGGUCCCUCCCCCGCCUGCCGAGGAGAGUGAGGAAGAAGAUGAUGAUGGUCUACCUAAGAAGAAAUGGCCCACAGUAGAUGCCUCUUACUAUGGCGGGCGAGGUGUUGGCGGCAUUAAAAGGAUGGAGGUUCGUUGGGGAGAAAAGGGCUCCACAGAAGAAGGUGCUAAGUUGGAAAAGGCAAAGAAUGCAAGAGUGAAGAUGCCCGAGCAAGAGUACGAAUUCCCUGAGCCUCGAAAUCUCAACAAUAAUAUGCGUCGGCCCUCUUCUCCCCGGAAGUGGUACUCUCCCAUCAAGGGAAAACUCGAUGCCUUGUGGGUCCUAUUAAGGAAGGGAUAUGAUCGUGUGUCCGUGAUGCGUCCGCAGCCAGGAGACACGGGGCGCUGCAUCAACUUCACCCGAAUCAAGAACAACCAGCCAGUCAAGUACCCCCUCAACAACGCCUACCACAACACCUCACCACCUCCUGCCCCUAUCUACACUCCCCCACCCCCUGCUCCUCACUGUCCUCCCCCACCUCCCAGUGCCCCGACCCCUCCCAUCCCAUCCCCACCUUCUAACCUUCCACCUCCUCCCCAGGCUCCACCUCCCAACAGGGCCCCACCCCCUUCCCGCCCCCCUCCGAGACCUUCUGUCUAA